AUGUGGGGCUAUGUUGAUGGAACCUCGGUUAAACCUACCAAAAAAAAGGAUGAAGCAAAAUAUGCAAAAGAGUUGGAAACAUGGGAUGUUAGUAAUUUGAAGAUUCUUACUUGGAUCAAUAAUUCAGUUUCUCAGUCAAUAGGCGUGCAACUAGAAAAAUAUAAUACUACUAAGAAGGUUUGGGACCAUUUGAAACGUUUGUAUGCUCAAUCUAAUUUUGCAAAACGAUAUCAAUUGGAGAGUGACAUUAGAGCUCUCAAACAUAAUAAUAUGACUAUUCAAGAAUUCUAUUCAGCAAUGACUAAUUUGUGGGAUCAAUUGGCUAUUAUAGAAUCGACUGGAUUUAAAGUUAUCAAAGCUUACACUGAUCAAAGAGAAGAGUAG